UGGGCAGGUAAAUAAACUUCGCACGUUCAAAAGGGUCGGGUUGGUUUAAAAUCGAUAUUAAAGUGUUUAUUUUUGUGGUACUAUUAGGAUGAACGUUAAUGUAUUAUUGUAUCUUAUAAAAGUAUGUGUAUUUUUAGGUGGCAUUGGCCGUCCUGGCAUGGGCGCAGGUAUGCCCAUCGCGAUGUCGUUGUCCCGAGGAGCCACCAAUGUGUGCGCGCGGAGUGCCGCUGAUUCUCGACGACUGCCCGUGCUGUCUGGUCUGUGCAAGACAGAUGGGAGAGAUUUGCUCCGAGCUCAAUCCUUGUGACACGCGGAAAGGUCUGCGGUGCGAUUACGGCGCGGGCGCGCACAAGAGGACCGGUGUAUGUUCAGCCUACAAGGGGGAUGUGUGUGUCCUCGAUGGCUCUAUCUACCAGAACGGGGAGACUUUCUUCCCCAGCUGCAAAUACCAGUGCACCUGCCGGGAUGGCCAGGUGGCCUGCGUGCCGCGCUGCAACCUGGACGUUAUGCUGCCGGGUCCCGACUGCCCGUUCCCGCGGCGGGUCCAGGUGCCGGGAGACUGCUGUGAGAAGUGGGUGUGUGACCCCCAAAUGGAGUCCAGUGCUCUCGGGGGCUUUGCCAUGGCUGCCUACAGACAGGAAGAGACAGUGGGCUUUGAUGCCUGGGACCCCAGUGUGAACUGCAUCGAGCAGACCACUGAGUGGUCAGCCUGUUCUCGGACCUGCGGCAUGGGUGUGUCCACCAGGGUCACCAACAAGAACCAGCGCUGUGAGAUGGUCAAGCAGAGCCGGCUGUGCAUGGUCCGACCCUGUGACAUGAAGGAAGAGCCAGCCGACAUAAAGUCAGAGGGCAGAUGCCUCAAGACCAAGAGGAGCCCAAAAGCCAUCCACUUCUCCUUCAAGAACUGCACCAGCGCCCAGGCCUACCGUCCACGCUUCUGUGGCCUCUGCAAUGACGGCCGCUGCUGCACCCCUCACAGCACCAAGACGGCACAGAUGAAGUUUGCCUGCCCAAACAACAGGGUGAUCAAAAGGCCCGUGAUGUUCAUCAACACCUGCGCCUGCCACCACCACUGUCCCCGGGACAACGGCAUCUACCAGAACACAGACCUGAUGUACACCGGCAGCACGAGACUCUGAGCUUCAGAAACGAUUGUAGAGCUUUAGAGAUUCAUCUCUGAGCCCUGUGCUCACCACGAGAUCUGCUCUGUAGUGAAUGGGCUUGCUUUAUUCUGUGUUACCCUCAAUUACACCAAAGGUUUAUUAUACUUGAUUAGAACAGUAGUUUGAGAAGAUCCGUUCGCUGCUAUCCUCAGAGCUGUAUCAGUACUAAGUACUGCGCUUACUUCCGACACCCUUUGAGUGUUCAAAGGACCAUAUACUAUGUGUAUCUAAAGGCUAAAGGGGGGAGGCAUCAGAGGGUUCUACAGGCUAAGUAAUACUACCCUUAUCUCCUGGUAAUCCCAACUCAUAGAUAGUGACCUUGGUGUUCAAGGUGUCUCCAGGACCAGGUUUGCUCAGCCUCAUUAUUAUUAUUAUUAUUAUUAUUAUAAUUCAUGUAUUAGUGCAAUAGUGAGGGCACAAAAGGGCCCAGUCUAUUCAGCUGAAUUCCUCACAGGUUAGCGUGUUACAGGGGUGACCUCUCCCAGGCCCUGGGUUCAUGUCUGUUCUUCACAGCUGUGAGGGGCCCCUGAGACUAAGAGGGCAAAGGUAACUCUCACACUGCUGUGGGGAUCUCAGCAGCUAGACGUGCUUAGGCCCUGUGACCGGGACCAGAGCUUGGACUUUAGCAAGCAGACGUGGUGCCUGAAGAUGUGGGUUAAAAGCCAGACACGGUGUCCCACUUUGACAGUAAUAAUUUAUGUAUGUGUGUAGGUAUUUAGUAAAAGUUAUGAAAUAGGACGUGUUGUGUAGCCCCUUACCCUCAGAUACCUCAUAUUUGGUUUUGUAAAAAAAGACAGAGUAUAUAUGUAUAUAUGUGCUCUAAAGUUAGCUUUUGCAUGUAUGAAAUGCACAAUGUUUAUUUUUAUUAACUAUUGUAAAUAGCAAUAUACAGUAUUUGAUUGUCUCUAUAUGUGCUUUACAGUAUUGUUUUUGACUCAGCUUUUCCAGUGUUCUUAAUAAUCAGUAUUUCAACUGAUUCACAAUGUGGUAUUAAAUAUGUAUUUUUUUUUAUA